AAUAUCCAAAAAUAGUACUUCAUUCUUUUACAACAUCUGAUAAUAAAUCCCACAGUUUUUACUGAACAGAAAUCAUCAUCAAAAAGAUACUUUACAGAUAUUUGGUGUUAUUAUAUGAACAUAAAAAUCUGUACAUUAGACAGCUGUUGUAAAACUGUAAAUAACUCUAUAAACUGUUUACCAUUUUACAUAUUUUUCCUGUUUUGUUAAGUUACAGAUAUUAGCUCGUAAAAACCCUUUACCUAUUUAUUUAUUGGUAUUAACUUACAUGUUGAAUAUAAAAACAGGGUAGUUUCCCACUGCGUUAAUGUUUAUUUUUCUGGCAAUUCUGAUGCCACCCCCUUCUUUUUUAAACAAACAAACAAACAACAAACAAACAAACAUUCUUUUCUGUCUUUCUACAUUUAUUAUUAUUAUAUUGCUUACAGUGUCCAGGUAGAUCUUUGCUACCACAGACUGAUUUUAUGUUGCUACCAGCUGCAGCUGUUUGUCUCCACCUUGUGGUUCUUCUUUUUCUAUAUUUUUCCACCUGUGGAAUCCGUGAAUCUAAACUAAACUUCUGUCUAUUUCUAGCAGCAAAAACACGAGGAGAAACUCCGCAGAGCCACUUUAUUAAAGUAAAACGUUUGGAGGAAGCAGCUCCUGGAUGAAACCUCUGAAGCUCUGUGAACAUUUUCAGGAGGAAUCAGCGGAACUUCUCCUUCCUCCUACUGGAUAUUUGCAUACAGCCUCAGAGCGCCUCCCUCUCCUCUUCCUCUCCCUCAAAAUACUCCUCAGACCGGACUUUCCUCUCCAGUUAGCGCCGCAGAGCAGGAAGUGAUCCCGGUGCACGACAGCGCUCUGCCUGCUUCUUCUCCACACUUUACGGUCCACAGAUCACCAUGUCUGUCCAGGCGAGGCAGAAGACGACGACCACCUACCGGACGGUGAACCUGGCCUCUGCGGAGCCCGUGACGCGCACGGUGAUCUCCGGCGGCAAGGUGUCCCCGGUGUCUCCGGUGUCUCCGGUGUCUCAGGUGUCUCAGGUGUCGACGCUGCCCUACGCCCUGAACGGCUCGUGAGGGGUGCGCUACCUGGUCCCGGUGCAGCAGGCCGUCCAGCAGCAGUCCUACCAGGCCGUCCAGCAGCAGUCCUACGUUCCGGUGCAGCAGGCCGUCCAGCAGCAGUCCUACGUCCCGGUGCAGCAGGCCGUCCAGCAGCAGUCCUACGUCCUCAUGCAGCAGCCGAUGAUGCAGCAGAUGGUUUCUCCGGUUUACCUGCAGACGAUGCCGCGGCUGAGCGUCAGCAGCCUGGAGUCGACCUGCUGUACCAGCAGAGCGCAGUGGAGACUGCAGAGCGUCAGUGGGAAGUCUUCGUCGGUGUUCAGCCAGUCCUCCAGUCCCAUGAAGAGUCCGGAGCCCAGCAUCGAGGAGGAGGUUUGGUGGAGGAGAGGAGGUGGAAGAGGAAGAAGAGGAGGAAGAGGAGGAGGAGGAACAGUGGAGGUGGAGGAGGUGGAGAUCGUCAACGUCGUGCAGCAGAAACCGCCACCGGUGAUCCAGAAGAUCUCCAGGACGGAGGUGAAGACUGAGCUGAAGCAGAUCCCUGAGCCCACCAAGCUGGACACUCGAUAUUUUGGAGAGCUGCUGGCCGACGUCUACAGGAAGAACUGCGACAUCCACACCUGCAUCAACGACCACGUGUCCAAGAUCGAGGACAGUAAGAAACACCUGCUGGAUCCCAGCAACGACUACAAGGUGGAGAAGGAGGAGGUGGAGGCUUUGAUUCCUAAAGGAGCCACUGAACUGACCAAACAACAGAUGCGUUACCUGCUGCAGACUCGUCUCACUGCAGAUAAAAGCAUGCGUCUGCUGCUGUCCACCUUCAGCAGUCUGAGAGAGGAGCUCCUCCACAUGUCUGAGGACCUCAGGCGUCUAGAGGGAGAGAAGGAGUCUCUGGAGAGAGAUCUGAGCUUCAAAGCCGACCAGGCCCGACAGUACGACUGUCUGCUGGAGGCCGUGAGAGAAAACAACCGACAGCUGCAGACGUCUCUGAAGGAAACCAGCGCCGCCCAGCGUUCCCUGGAGAGUCAGCUGAUGACCAGCAGAAACACCGACUCCACCCGCGACUUCAAGGUCAAAGAGCUGGAGGGAAGGCUGAGAGCUCUGGAGAAGGAGAACGAGAUGCUGCGACAGAAGCUGGCGGGUCAGGCCAGCAGCUCCACCCUGCAGGUGAAAACAGAGGAACUGUCACGUCAAUACGACGACCAGCUGAACGCCAUGCGACAGGAGAAGGACCAGGAGAUCCAGAGGCUGAGGUCCCAGAUAACGAAGAUCCAGACGGAGAUCACCACGACGCGCUCAUCCUCAGACAACAGCCUCCAGCUGAAGAUCUCUGAGCUUCUGGCCAUGUUGGAGCAGCGUCAGACCGUCAUCACCCGGCAGGAGGAGGAGAUCAAAAAACUGAUGCAGGAAAGAAACGACAGCUCCAAGAACGUCACCAAGACCAUCAUCACCAAGAGGUACAGGAACCAGUAUCCCAUCCUCGGGCUGCUCAGCGACGACUACCAGGUGACCUCACCGGUCAAAGAAGCCAAAACCAUCGUCAUCGAGAGAACCGGGGAGAUAAUCAAACAGGAAAUCAUUACAACCCCUUAAAGACACACUGCUUCUCUCCGACAGGAAUGAUUGAACGACUAAGAAGACCCGGACUCACCCGUCCUCCCCUGCAUGCUCCUCCCCUCCCUCAGGGCUCCCAGGGUUGGUGGUGGUCCCCCCUUUAAAUCCUCCCCAUAAAUUUGGGGUCUUUCGGUUUGACCAAAUUGGGCUUUUUUAGGGUGACAAGUUUUGUUUUUGGGCGUUUUGUUGUUAAUUAUUUUUUAGCUGUUUUUAUCAUUAAAAGGGAACCAACAAUCACAGACCAAAUAUGUUGAGACGACGCUACAGCCUGUUGUGGAUUUAGGUGGAAAUAAUGAUCAGGACAGCUGGGAACUGGGUGAGAUUCUUCUUUUUCUCACCUUCAUAACAGUUUGGAACAAAUCUCAGAUCACAACUAAUAGAGUUGAAACUAAAUGUGAUGAAAACUCUAAAUUUAAUCAUUAAUCUCUGACUUGUUUUUUACGUUAACACUGAGCAGCACAUAAAACGAUCCCAUGAAAACCAUACAGUCACGCUUUGGAAAAACUCCUGCGUCUUCUCAGCAGAGCAGGGCUGGGAACUGUAACACAUCUCACUUGGUGGAAUCACUAACUGGUGAUUCUGCAAUAUACUGCCAAACAAUCCUCUGUGAUACAUCACAACGCUGGUAGGAAACCUCAAUAAAACGGCACAAAUUUAGAUCCCAUAGUUGUUGCUUGAUUGAUGAAGAACUCUGGAGUUUUGACUGAACCAUCAGGAACACAGACACUGAGUUGUGUCGGUAUCACAGCAGGUUGUAUUGUGAUAUAUUGCUGUUGUGAUUACGUCCCAUCCCUGCUUGGAGAUGAGCUAAUAAACAGGUCUACAUUUGGCUCCACGUGGACGUCGUCUUCCUGAAUUCAAAAGGAGAUUUAACCAAAAUGCUUGGAUGAAAAUGGCUUCCUAAAUAAAACUAAAUACCUUCUAGUUUCCUCAGGUUUUAGUCCCUUACAGCAUGCUACCAAAGCAAUGCCAGGUGAUGCAUUAUGAAGACUUUUGCAAGGAAAUGUUACUAAAAUCAGGUGAAGGUAUUGGUUGGAAUUUCUACACCAUACUUAAAUACGAUCAGGUAUAAGUAUAAACUCUAAAGCAACACCUCAAACAUUUAUUUCACCUUUAUGAAGCUUCUAAUUAAGAGUGUUUGAUCUGAACGUUCUUUGUGAUUGAUGCAGUCCAGUUCAACACCACUGAAACUACAAUCACACUUCAGUUAAUACCCAACAGAAACAGUUUGUAACGUGAAGUAUGAUGUACAGAAAUAGGUUUUUUAAUAAAGGUGUGUUCUCCAGAACCCUGUUAUACUCGGGAUAUUUGCUGCACUGUUUCAGCUACACUUUGUUGGAAGAUGCAAGAAAAUCCUAAUUAACUGGACUGUUCUUGUUUUUGAGGUGGUAGGUUUCAUUGGUUUUUAACUGGACUGGAUGUUAUCGACAUGAUUCUGCCAACUUUAUUUACAAACAUGAAUAAAAUUCAAGACAUUUUACCGAAAAUGAACAAUUACAACUACAGGUUUCAUUAGGACAGAAGACGUGUUGGAGGUCUUGUGCUGGAUUACUUUAGAUGAUCCACUAAUCAGAUGACCAGCAACUGCAUGUAGUACACAUUUCGACACACUUCUUUUGUUAAUCACAACUGAACAUUAUCACUGUAGAAGUGGGAUUUAUGGCUGAAGAGCUGCAUUAGAACCUACAGAUGGACCUAAACACGUGGCCACUGAUGGUCUAAGUUCUGGUACUGAUUCUACUGAUACUUUCAGUGACAUAAAUAUGUUCUGCAAAUAUCCAGUAAAGCUCAGUCUGAGCACAUACAGCUGUACUAAGGAGUAGUCUAAAAUCUGCAAAGUUAUCUUUUAAAUCAAUACAUUUGAUUAUGGAUUGGAUCAGCAACACUACAAAUCUGCAGCAUGUUGUUGUUUAAAGAAGUACCAACGUUUGAAACCCAGCUGGGAUUAAAAGUAGUGACUCUUCCACUACAACUUGUAGUCUUAAAGAAUUUAUGGCUGAACAGUUGCAGUAGUGUUUCAGUGCAGAUGCUGCUAUGAAGACACUUUGAGUGACACAAACAAAAGUCCAUUUGACAGAAGAAGCCUCAAAUAUAAAGCUGUGUUUAAACACAUGCAACUGUACGAAAGGUUAGUCUAAAAUCUGCAAAAUUAUCAUUUACAUCGAUAAAUAUGAUUAAAAAUUAGAUCAACGAGACUACAAGUCUGCAACAUGUUGGUUAAAACCAAAGAUUGAUACUCAAAUCUGGCUAUAAAGGUAAGAAAGAGAUAAAAAUAUGUGAAUUUUCUGCUACAACUUGAGUCUCAACGAACUUAUGGCUGAAGAGUUUCAGUAGAAUCUACAGAUGGACCUAAACAAGUGGCCACUGAUGGUCUAUGUUCCAGUAGCGAUACUACCGAUACUUACUGUUUACUACUACAUAAACAUGUUCUGCAAAAAUCUAUUUGACAACAGAUUCCUCAAAUGUAAAGUUCUGUUUAAACACAUACAACUAUACAAGAGAUUAGACUAAAAUCUGCAAAAUAAGCAACUGCAUAUUAGAUCUACAAAUCUGCAACAUGCUGGGUAACACCAAAGUUCAUGACUCAGCCCUGCCUACAAAAGUAAGUUUAAAAUAUUAAUAAAUCCUAAGGUUUCAAUAGGGUCCUAGGCACCGCGGUGCUUUGGACAGUUGGUGCCCUGCCACCGCCGGUGCUCGGGCCCUAAUUAGUAAAUCUGUCAUUAGAACUUGUAGUCUGAACAGUUGCAUUAAAUCUACUCAAACAAGAUGGUGCUAAUUUGAUGUUUUCGUGCAGAAGCUACCAACACUUUGAGUGAUAUAUACUUGUUCUGCAAAAAUCCAUCCGACCAAAGAAGACUCAAAUGUGUCUAAAAUCUACAAAAUGAUCAUUUAAAUCAGCAAAAAUGAUGAAAAAUUAGAUCAAGAAGGCGACAAAUCUGCAACAUGCUUGUAAAUACUGAAGGAUGACACCCAGCUCUACUAGUAAAUGUAAGCCAAAGUUUUAAAUGUGAAUUUCCUGCUGCAACUUGUAGAAAAUGGAAAAGGUCAUUUUUCUACAAGUUGCAGCAGUUACUGGUCAGAGAUUUUAGCAGUAGGGGGUUCACUGAAGGGAAGACGAGGUGCCACCGUGGAACCAAACACCUUCACAGAACAGCAGCUUCCAGCUGUUUCUAAAUACACUCUAAACCCAGACUGGGAACACGUAGCACGAGAUCCUCCUUAAACCACCACAGCCCUGAAGCCCAGGGAGGAGGAGUGGAUGCAGUACUAUGAUCGCUACUCUGCAUGUAAAUAUUUCUGUAUAUUUGUACGACAUAUGACUGUAGAGCAGCCCUCCUGCUGUGUGGUUUAUUUGAUGAACAUUUGGGAUAAAAAUGUUCUGAUGGGGUAGUUUUUGCUUCUUUAGUUCACUGUGUACUCCAGAGCUUUUUUUGUGCAUGGGUUCCUGUUAGCUUCUGAUGUGUUUGUACUGUAUAUAAUGGUGGGAUCUGGGUCUGGAUCUGGGCGACGUCUCACAUCCAUGGGAGGAAAAUGAUAGAAAGUGUCUCCCAUGGGUGUAACACAUCGCUGUGGGUGGGCAGGGAAACAUGCUGGAUGUUUGGAACAGAGGCAUGAUUUUAUGGGUUAUUGAUGGUGGAAGAAUACUUUAAAAGCACAAUGUUAUGUAAAGUGUAGAUUCAUUUUUCUCUCAAGUUUUUCGGCUGGUUUCUGUUCAGGCUUUCGUGUCCACUGGGCGGCGGUUUCAAAACGCUGCAGCCUGAAGUUUACAGAAAACGUAAAACUUCAGAUGCAGUUCUUUGCUUUUAUUAUUACUUAAAAGAACUCUCUUAGUAGUUCAGCAUACAGACGUUCAGUAGCAUUGUUGACAACAAGCAUUUUUUUGUGGUUUGAUUCCCAAACCUGCUUGGUGUUUUAGCGGCAGAACAACUCUAGCUGGGGUUAGCAGUUAGCCGUUAGCUAGCUGUUUUCUCAUCACUACAAUUGUAGCUUGGGUUAGUUUUUAGCUGUUUGCUAGCUAUCUAGCUAAUGGCUGCAUCGCAUACUUCAUAAAAUAGUAAUAUUCUAGCUGUAUAUUUAUAAAACAUGAGGCACCGGUAAUAACUCUACAUGUUUAUAACAACAGUGAAGUCAUUAUUGAAUUUGUCGUUUGAUUUGAAUCGUUUUCUAAGUAUGUGUUUCAGUAUGCAGCCGUCCUUUUGUUAAGUGACUAGAAACAGCACUUCAAACUAUACAUAUCUUCCUUAACCUUAUUAUUAAAUAUUAUAUGUGUGGAAAGAUAACACAUAACUGAAUAAAACAUCUAAACCCACUUCUUCCCAUUUAGUUUUAUUAAAUAUUUUGAACAUUAUACCUUAUUAUUCAUUAUUCUGUGAGUUUCUAUUGGUUGUUAUAGAAGUUUUUUUAAAGUGCAUUUCUGUAACACAUGCUAAAAGCUUGCAUGUUUUAACUCUACAGCUGCUGCGGCGCCAGAAGGAGUUUUACACUGAAUUUAAUUUUACAUGGCGACAGUUUGUGCGGCACAUACAGGUACUGGAACUGGUUUAACAGGCUGCAGAUCCAAACAAACACCAAAACACAAUCUGAUCUGACAGCUGCCCACUGGACACAGAGCCACAUUUUAGAUGGAAGCCUGUAAAAACUAUGUUGAUGCUGUGGAGCCUCAAGUGCCUUAAUGUGUUUACCGUGUUAGCAAGCUAAUGCUAGGCCAACCACUGACCAAAGUGGUAUCUUUCUGCUCAUUCCACAGCAGGAUCAAACCUCCAGUGGCUCUUUCAAAGUAAAGGUCUUCAUUCGCUUGCUAUCUUGGUAAUCUUUCAGAAAACCAAAUCCUGUCUUUCUUUUUUGCAGCAGACGUUAAAUUGUUAGCGAAGCUAAAUUAACUGGUUGUAACUAAUAUGCAAAUAGAUAUUUCUAAAUAUACUCUAUUUUGGUUAUGCAAAUGUUUUUCUUUUUCAGUCCACGAGGCUUUUGGGCCCGGCUAUGCGUUUGAUUAAAGUCAGUAAUAUAUCUUUGCAAAAAUG